UCUCUGCGCCUGGGUCGGGUGGGUGACGCCGAGCGCGAGAUGUCGGAUUUUGAUAGUAACCCGUUUGCAGACCCGGAUCUCAACAACCCUUUCAAGGACCCAUCAGUUACACAAGUGACAAGAAAUGUCCCACCAGGACUUGAUGAAUACAAUCCAUUUUCGGAUUCUAGAACACCUCCACCGGGCAAUGUGAAAAUGCCUAACGUACCCAGUACACAACCAGCAAUAAUGAAACCAACAGAGGAACAUCCGGCUUAUACACAGAUUGCAAAGGAGCAUGCCUUGGCCCAAGCUGAACUUCUUAAACGCCAGGAAGAACUAGAAAGAAAAGCAGCAGAAUUAGAUCGUCGAGAACGAGAAAUGCAAAAUCUCAGUCAACAUGGCAGAAAAAACAAUUGGCCACCUCUUCCUGACAAUUUUCCUGUGGGACCUUGUUUCUAUCAGGAUUUUUCUGUAGACAUUCCUGUAGAAUUCCAAAAGACAGUAAAGAUUAUGUACUACUUAUGGAUGUUCCAUGCUGUAACACUGUUUCUAAAUAUCUUCGGAUGCUUGGCUUGGUUUUGUGUUGAUCCUCCAAGAGGGGUUGAUUUUGGAUUGAGUAUCCUGUGGUUCUUGCUUUUUACUCCUUGUUCAUUUGUCUGUUGGUACAGACCACUUUACGGAGCUUUCAGGAGUGACAGUUCAUUCAGAUUCUUUGUAUUCUUUUUCGUCUAUAUUUGUCAGUUUGCUGUACAUGUACUCCAGGCUGCAGGAUUUCAUAAUUGGGGUAACUGUGGUUGGAUUUCAUCCCUUACUGGUCUCAACAAAAGUAUUCCUGUUGGAAUCAUGAUGAUAAUCAUAGCAGCACUUUUCACAGCAUCAGCAGUCAUCUCACUAGUUAUGUUUAAAAAGGUACAUGGACUGUAUCGCACAACAGGUGCUAGUUUUGAGAAGGCCCAACAAGAGUUUGCAACAGGUGUGAUGUCCAACAAAACUGUCCAGACUGCAGCUGCAAAUGCAGCUUCAACCGCAGCAACUAGUGCAGCUCAGAAUGCUUUCAAGGGUAACCAAAUUUAGAGUCUUCAAACAAUACAUUGUUACCUUCUGACUGUACUUUUUUCUCCAGUUACUGUAUUCUAUAAAUAUUUUUUUUGUUCAAAACACAGUACACACAGCACGUAUAUUUCCUAAUCACUUGUGCAUGGGCUAAAACCAGAAAAACUUCCUUGUCUUAUUAUUUACCUGAUAGUUUCUUAAUAUUUCAGUGCCCCUUGCAAAAAAAAAAAAAUUACAUGUGAAAUAAAUAUUCUCCAUAUUUUUUGGGGGAUGAAUGUUCAGCGAAUUAUUUCAGUGGUGACACGCUGAAAUUAACAUGGCACUUAGGAUUAAAAAUGCACUUAGUACU